AACGAAGAAGAAAAGCGAAGGCGUGUCAAAUUGCGUCAACCAAUCAGAGAGCAGGGCUCCAUAUUGAAUUGUUUGUUUUGCUGUGUAAAAUCGCACUUUCUCCACACUUUUUCCCCGUGUUUUUGUCACGAACGCGGGCAUAAAAGCACAACUUAAUCUAUGUCCGCCGCACAAAAGGUAACCAUGAAGCUCGCGGACAUUAAGAAGCUAAAAGUAGCGGAACUGCGGUCGAAGCUCCAAGAAGCGGGUCUGGAGUGCAAAGGGCUGAAGGCAGAGCUGGUAGGCAGACUCUGGUCGUCGCUGGAUCAGCAACAGCCUGCACACACACCGGGACAAGACGACGACACGACGGUUGUAGCGAAUAAUAUACAAGCGGUGGCGUCCUCGUCCUUUUUACUUCCACAACAAACCACCAGAAAGUGUUCCGACUCCACGACACAGACGGACGGCGAGGGCGGCUCACAGAGUCCCCUAGCCGACUGUGAGCAGCUGCCAGUCGGCCAGGGAGAGGCCGGAGCCGAGAGGAGCGAGCUGGAGGACCGAGGCCGGGCUUUCUACGAGUUUAAAGAGGAAAUACGAUAUAAAAGAGCCAAAGCACCACGAGCUCCCCUGGAGAGAGACGAGACGCAGCAGGAAGUUGAAGAUGUAGUCAAGUUAGAUUCCUAUGACAGCCACCUGCACUUUGACAUAAGCCAAGAUGGUGUCUGUGGUCAGCCGCUGUUCUGGGACAGGUUCCCCCUGCUGUGGUCCGGCUGCAGGCUCACCCACGGGGUGUCACAGGGCAGGGUGAGCUUCGAGGCGAGGCUGGAGAGGACGUUGUUAAGCAACAACAUGGUGGACGGCCUUGAAAGCAGCGAGUCUUACGGCAUGCGAGUAGGCUGGUCCUUGAGCCAAACAUCACUGCUGCUUGGUGAAGAGGCCCUCUCCUUUGCAUACGAUGCAGGAGCCAGAAAAGUGACCAGCGGGCAAGAAGAAGACUACGGGGAGACGUUCUCCGAGGGAGACAUCAUCGGCUGUUAUGCUUCUUUCUCCACCAACGGAAGUGUUCAGCUCUCCUUCCAUAAAAACGGGCGUUUCAUGGGCGUGGCCUUUUCCCUCGAGGCCUCUGAGCUUCGAGGCCGCGCUCUGUUCCCUCACGUCCUCUGUAAGAACUGUGCGGUCCGCUUCUUGUUGGGCCCCACAGCUCCAGCAUGGUACUGCAGCCCCCCUGGCUUUACCCCGCUGGCGGCGCUCCCUGCUGGGCUGAGGCUCCGCAGCACGUUGGGCCCCAACUCCAGAGCGCAGAGUGAGGUGGUGUUGAUGGUGGGUCUCCCUGCUGCGGGAAAGAGCCACUGGGCCAAAGCUCGCGUACGACAGCAUCCGGAAAAACACUACAGGCUGCUGAGCACCGAGGAGCUGCUGGCAUGCAUGAUGGGACGGGGAGCGAGGGAGCGCCAGCUGCAGCAGGCCGCUCAGUGUCUGACCGAAUUAAUCCAAAGAGCCGCUAACACGCCAGGCAACUACAUCCUGGACCAGUGCACUAUCCUCUUUUCCGCACAACGUUACAAGCUGCAGCUGUUCGCCGACUUCAGCCACCGCUUGGUGGUGGUGGUUUUUCCUUCAGCAGCCGAGUGGAAAAGACGGCUUUGGGAACAUCAGCAGGUCUGGGGUAGGAUCCCUGAGAUCGCUCUGCUCAAACUCCAAGUGAGCUGCAGUCUUCCGGAGCAGCACAGCCACCUUUUGGACGAGCUGCAGUACGUGGAGCUGCCUCAGGAAGCGGCGGGGGCGCUGCUGCAGGAGUACAAAGACCAGGCCCGCCGGCUGCUGCCUCCUGUUGCCAAAGCAGAAAAGAAGAAGAAAUACCUGCAGAAGAAAAGACCCCACCCGCAUGGACCUUUACAACCUCACUGGAGUGGCUCAAACGGGUGGUAUGACACAAGGCCGUACACGCAGCAGCCUUGGAGCCACCAGCCCACUUGUUGGAACACAGUUUAUCACGACCAGGCCAUGUACUGUAACAGUGGAUACUGGUAAAUACAAAACAGGACAUUCGGUGUGCAGGAGGACUCUAAUAUGCAAUCAGUGUUUACUACAGUUUUUAAACAAAGUUUUUAUUCCAAAAAUAUAUUUUAAUUGUACAGAUUUGGAAUCAUGAAUGCACUUUGCAUAGUUGGAACACCCUGCAGAGGAGUAAUAAAGCUCAGAGGUAUUAAAGGGGAUCUAAUGUGAGGUUUCACU